GCAUUUCAUGUGCUCCAUAUUGAUGUUUCAGAUGCAUAGAUUCAUGCAGAAGGAUGUGAUCCUGUUUGUUUCCAGUUGGAGAUUAUCCCUCUUAAUCAUACAAUGUCUAGGUGUGCAUUUUCAGAUUUGUUGACUCAGUAAAACUAAAGCAUUAAUAACCAGUACCAUUAAGCUUUAGUCACAAUAUUUUAGUUGUAGCUCCUUGGGUCUGCAAGAAUCCUCAUUGUAACUACCAUCCACGUCAAGUAAUGGCUCAAAAAACUGUACUCAUUACCGGUUGCUCCUCAGGAAUUGGACUGGCCUUGGCUAUAAAACUGGCCAGGGACAAACAGAAAAGAUUUAAAGUAUAUGCCACAAUGCGGAAUCUGUCCAAGAAGGAGAAACUUGAAAAAGCUGCAAACAACAUAUUGGGUAAAACCCUGGAAAUAAAACAACUAGAUGUCUGUGAUGAAGAGUCUAUUAAAACAUGUGUUAAUAACAUUCCUGAGAGGAGGAUUGAUAUCCUAGUUAGCAAUGCUGGAAUGGGGCUCAUUGGACCUAUAGAAUGCCAGACCAUUGAUGAGAUGAAGACUGUGAUGGAUACCAACUUCUUUGGACUGGUUCGACUCCUGAAAGAGAUUUUACCUGAUAUGAAGAAGAGAAAAAGUGGACAUAUAGUCAUAAUAAGCAGCGUCAUGGGAUUACAAGGUAUUUUGUUUAAUGAUGUAUAUGCUGCAUCUAAGUUUGCUGUGGAAGGAUUCUGUGAAAGUUUAGCCAUACAGGCACUCCAAUUUAAACUUCGGGUAAGUUUGAUUGAACCAGGACCUGUGAUCACAGAAUUUGAAAAAAAGGUGUAUGAAGAUGGAAUGAAAAUGGACCUUUCGGCUGCAGAUGAAGAAACAGCUCGUAUGUUUGCUGAUGUUUACCUUAAAAAUUACAAUCAGAUUUUUCAAAGCCUGGGACAAAGUGCUGAGGAAGUUGCAGAGCACACAGUAAAGAUCAUUCUUACAGAAAAUCCACCCUUUCGCCAUCAGACCAACACCUUGUAUACCCCAGUAACAACUCUGAAAUAUGCAGAUCCAAAUGGAAAUCUACCUAUUGAUAGCUUCUACAAAAUGGUUUUUCAUCAUGACAGAAUCUUCCAUGCAAGUCUUAACUUUUUCAAACUGCUGAGAUGGAGCAGCAGAAAGAACAUUGCAUCAACUUAGUUGAUAUAUCAACAUUGGCUUAUUUUGAAUUUAAAGUUUCCAGUAUUUUGAAGAUAAAUGCUCUUGCCAGAUCUGUUGUUAAUAAUUGUGGUUAUCUUCUUUAUGUACAGUUGUGCCUCGUAAAAAUAUUAGACUUAUGACCAUCAAUAUUUUGAAUGUCUGUAGUCAACAUUUAUUGGAAUUAAAAGUGAAACCUCCUGAGAGCAGUACAAAAAAAUCUUAUUUGUAGAACCUUAUUGUAAUAUAUAAGUGCUUUGCUAAUAGUCUCAGGGGUUUAGGUUGUAGCCGUGUUGGUCUAAGGACAUAGGCAGACAAGGUUCCUUGGGUGAAUUUGGUAUCUUUUAUUAGACCAA